UAAGCUGUCGCCUAGUUAGAGGAUUUUAGGGAAAGUUAUUUGGCAACCCAGGGGAGGAGAUCUGAGAAGCCACACACACUAUAACUGUAGACAUUGGUCAUGACUCUUAAAAUGUUGUUGAGAGGCAACCAUUAAGAUAAAUGGGUGUUUGACAUGCUUUUAGAGGAAGAGAUGGCACAUUUAACGGACAUCGAUCGACACUUAGCGACAGAAGAAUAUAUAGAUAUUUGAACGCGAUGCGUAAACGCGGAACUUUAACAUUUUUUUGAGUGACUCAGUAAAGAUUUUGGAUUUGUUUCUUAAUUAUUAUCGAGGGAAAAAAAUAAUAUAAAAUGGCUUCUAGAUCGGGUUUAUCAGGUUUCCCCGUUAACCCCAGUACCCCAAUAAACCCCAGCAUGAACCCCAUGAACUCUGGUCACAGCAGCGCCAUGAGAAUGUCAGCAAUGCCGCAGAAUUCACCCUUCAGAGUGAUGGGCAGCACCCCGAACCAGUACCACCAAUCAUACGCACAUCGCUCGAGUAUGUCACCCAGCCGAGGAAUGCCAAUGGGGGGCAUGGGGUCUAUGGGUUCCCCACUGCCAGGUCCGUCUUAUAGUGGAGCCAUGCCCAUGCGACCCGGGAUGCCUCAAGCUGCGAUGGACCCUGCCCGGAAGAGACUCCUUCAGCAGCAACAGCAGCAGCCUGGGGGUCUUAUGGGUCCAAGAAGGGGGGUGAAGAGGCGUAAGAUGGCUGACAAAGUCCUCCCACAACGGAUCAGGGAUCUGGUCCCAGAGUCUCAGGCUUAUAUGGACCUUCUGGCCUUUGAGAGAAAGCUGGACCAGACAAUUGCUCGCAAACGAAUGGAGAUACAAGAGGCCAUCAAAAAACCCAUCACGCAAAAACGCAAACUGAGGAUUUAUAUUUCUAACACCUAUACGCCUGGCAAGCCAGAAGGGGAGGAGGCUGAAAAAGUGGCAUCCUGGGAACUUCGAGUGGAAGGCAAACUCCUGGAGGAUCCUGGAAAACAGAAACGAAAGUUUUCAUCAUUCUUUAAAAGCCUGGUUAUCGAACUGGACAAAGAACUUUAUGGCCCAGACAACCACUUGGUGGAGUGGCACAGAAUGCCUACAACUCAGGAGACAGAUGGAUUUCAGGUGAAGAGACCAGGGGAUGUGAAUGUGAAAUGUACUCUCCUUCUCAUGCUAGACCACCAGCCUCCACAGUAUAAGCUGGAUCCACGCCUGGCACGACUGUUGGGCGUGCACACUCAGACCAGAGCCAGUAUCAUGCAGGCCUUGUGGCUCUACAUCAAAAACAACAAGCUGCAAGACUGCCAUGAGAAAGAAUACAUUAACUGCAACCGAUACUUCAGACAGAUUUUUGGCUGCCCCAGGAUGAGAUUUUCAGAUAUCCCCAUGAAACUUGCCAGCCUCCUUCAGCACCCUGAACCCAUCGUCAUCAAUCAUAUCAUCAGUGUGGAUCCCAAUGAUCAGAAGAAGACUGCAUGCUUUGAUAUCGAUGUUGAGGUGGACGACCCUCUGAAGGCUCAGAUGACCAGUUUCCUGUCAUCCACAACUAAUCAGCAGGAGAUCACUGCCCUGGAGAUUAAGAUCCAUGAGACUAUUGAAUCCAUCAAUCAGUUGAAAACCCAGAGAGACUUCAUGCUCAGCUUCAGUAACAGCCCACAGGAUUUCAUCCAGGACUGGCUCAAGUCUCAGAGCCGAGAUCUCAAAUUAAUGACAGACACUGUGGGAAAUCCAGAGGAGGAGAGAAGAACCGAGUUUUACCACUCACCCUGGGUCAAAGAAGCUAUUGGACGCUAUAUAUUUUCAAAGGUCCAGCAGAGGAGACAGGAAUUGGAGCAGGUACUGGGAAUCAGACUCACUUAAGAGGAUUCAGACUUCUAAUCCACAGUCACCCGAGGAAUUAACUCAACAAAUACAGAUGAGAAUGAAGCUUUCUGUUUGAAAACCAGAAAGGAACUUCAUGUAGAAGUUUGGGUGCGGGCAUUGUUUAGUAUGUUGCUUGUCAGUUUUAGCACUUGUACUAUUACACACAUCUGGCCAUAUACAUUUCAAAUGGUUUUACAGUAACUGGAACUUCAGUACGUGUCUUUCUCUUUGCAUUCAUUUUCUGAUCUUCUAUUAUAUAUUAUAAAAUGAGGCAUCCAGUUCAUGAUUCAGUUUGUUGACAUACUCAUCUUUGCUAUUAUUACAUCUUUUUGUAUGUUUUACAGUAAGAUAUACAGUACUGUAGCUUGUUGGCUAAAACCCCUAUAGGUAGCUGAUGUAACACAACUUGUUGUUCAUAAAUGUUGUGUUUAUAGUAGGAAUUGCCAAACUCAAUCAACAUUUGCCAUUUAGUUUUUGAAAGGUUUCCAAUUUUGGCUGUUUUUACAAUUGAAUUGCACAGUUUUUGAUUUAAGAUGCAGUUACUUAUAAUUAAGUAGGCUAGUAAUGAAAAUGCAAUGUUUUUCUUAAAUUUUCAAUAUUGUGGAGUUUUCCAUUUGGUCUCUCAGGAAAAUAUGUGCUGCACUGCAUUCAAGAGCCAUAUUUUUGUAUUUCCACCCCAGCGGGAAAUCCAGCACAUUUGGUUGUCCAGCUGUUUUAGUUCAGUGUACCAGACUUUCUGUCUUCAUCUUGCUGGUGUGUUUACAGAAUUUUUUUUUUAGCGUUGAAAGUCCGCUGAUGUGGCAGAGACCAUACAGCAGUGACCAAAUUUGUGAAAUUUAGUGCACGCAAACCAUCAGCAUAAUCUUUUUUUUUUUUUUUCAAGUAUUCAAGCCAUAUUUCAGCUUUGCUAAUAAGUAGUUCAGUUCAAUGUAUACUUCUAAAUUCCAAACAGCUAAUGGAAAGUUUCUGUUUAAGUUGGAUUUAAUGUGGUCAUUCAUAUUGGUGGAGUGAUUUGUGUUUUUAAUUAUCAAUAAUGACAGCAAAUUAAAUUUUCCAUUAAGGAAAAUAGCAGGUUCAAGUUAAGCCCUAUAAUUUGUGAAAUGCUGCUGAUUACCACAGAAAAUACUUUCAACUUUCAGUUCAUAAAGUGGUCAAAAACAAAAUGUGUUGAUAUUUAUGUUUUUAAAAUGAAAUUCUAACUUUUAAAUGCAUUUCCAAGGAACGGGUUGAAAUGAUUUUGUGUUAAUUGACAGUAUGUCAUAUUUUGUUUAUAGCUGAAUUACUCAGACAGUAUUAAUGCUGAUCUGAAAUGCAACAAGCUCUUGUUCCUUUGAUUUACUGAGCUUUUUUGUGUAAAAGCAUUUAAGUUCUUACAACUUCAGUUCUUUUAUAUUUUUGUAUCAAUCAAGUGCUUACCUUUUGUACUUUUUUACUGGGAAAUCAAAGUAUUUUAAUAAAGUUUCCAUAAAGGGGAAUUCACAUGUGAAUGUAUUUUUAAUAUAACAUAUUUUUAUUAUAUGUAAUGUUCUGAAAGACUGUUAACUUCAAGGAAUUUUAAAUGUUAUCAUCACAUACAAUAUUUAAUUCAAAAGUAAGAAAACCAGGUGUGUUUCUGUCUACUAGAAGGUAGACCAUUUGCUAAAGCCAAACACUGAUCAUGUUGAUGCAUGUAGCGUCUGGUUAAUCUGGUAAUACCUGUCUCCAUUAAUACCUCACCUGUUCUAGCAUUCUGCAUUUUA